AUGCAACAUUACAAAGGAUCUGAUUUCCUGGACGCUGGGACCUUGUGCCGUUCGCGCAGCAGCACCAGUCUCUCCAGCGACUCGCAACACCCCCGAGUCAACCUCAUGGCGCCUCCCUCAGUUCGCCCGCCGCCGGCCUUCAUCUCGUCCUCCGCGGCCUCGGAGAUCAUCACCUCCGACCAAGAGUUCAACACCGCCGACUUUGUCGCCGACGAUGAGGAGACCGGUGCCGGCGCAAACGCGCUGGUCACCCCCGCCGCGCUCGCCCUGCUGAACAGCUUCCUUGACAACCUCCUGUUCAAUGUCCUGGCCGGGUCCAAGUCGACCCAGCUCGCCUGCAUUCGACCCGCGCUCGCAGACGUACUGAAGCCGCGACUGGCCUCGGAGGUGGUGGCCACCGCCGAUGAGGAGUUGAGCGAGUAUAUGGGAGGCGCGGAGGAUGAGCAGGCGGAAUUUCGGGGCGGACAGGAACCGGGCGGCGAUUUCGAUCUCGUUCGCUCGUGGAGACUGACACGCCUGCGCUGUAUGGUAUACACUCGGCUAGGUGACAUGGAAGAGGAGGAUGAGGAUGAGUUUAUUGCGCAGGAGGGCCUGGGGGAGACCGAGGGUGCACCCCGUAGGUUCACGAGCCACGUCAACAACAUUACGCCAGCAGCAGCGAUCUUCUUGACCUCGAUUAUCGAGUAUAUCGGCGAGCGAGCCCUUGUGAUUGCUGGCGAGACGGCGCGCUCCCGAUUGUCGGCGUCACUGAACGAUAGCCAGGUCAAUGCGGCCGAUGAGCAGGAGGAGGAGGAUCGGAAGCGCAUCGACCGGCUCGUGGUGGAGGAUCUGGAUAUGGAGAAACUGGCUCUCAAUGCGACUCUCGGCCGGUUGUGGCGCACGUGGAGGAAGCGCAGACGCAACACGACACUCUCGCGGACCUUGUCUCACGAGUCCUUCCGUCGCCGCGGUUACAAUACCCUCGCGAACAGCCGGAAGAGCAGCAUUGCGACCAUCGAGGAGCCUUUGACCCCUCAAGACCCCCUCCCGGAGGAGAUUCCGGCCCCGGUCGACCCUGCCACUGUCCCUCUUCCCAUGGGCGAUUAUGAUGUGCAGGAGAUUGAGGUUCCCGGCUACUCUGCCGAGUUGGAGGGUGAGGUGCAGACCAUGCAGGCCAUGGUGGCGCACAAAGUGCGACCGCGCAGUCUGAUGGUCUUGUCGUCGCCAUCCCUCGCUCCCAAGUCCCCGGGGUCAAGCAAUGGGUCUCCGGUGAGUGCUGGGGCCAUUGACAAUGCCAAGAGCCUUCGCCAUGCUCGCUCGAGGUCGUUGCCCAAUGCGGCGGCCAGCCCACCGCGCCAGGUCCCGCAGGCUGACCAUGCUGCCACCGCCGAUCAGCCGUCUCCUAGUACCUCCGAGGAGAAAAGGCAGCUCGAAACCAUGUACGAGGAUGACGAGUCAGCGGAGUAUGUAGAUGCGGAAGAGAAUGCCCCUGGCAUCGCGAUCACCACGUCACACGAGGAGGCCCUAAAGCAGUCUGCGGCGGAAUCGGCAGAGAAGGACAGGAUGUCCGUGGUGCAGGAGGAGGAGGAGGAACCACCGGCGUCGCCUCCGGCUGCUGCAUCUGCUGCUGUUGCGGCUCCUCCAGUCAACGAGACAGUUGCGUCCUUGCGAUCGCUUGAGGAUGAGGAUGACGACGUUACGACCGAUCACAGCGCUGGUGUUUUGGUCGCAUCCCUAGGCGAUUCACCAACCAAGGAUCCCGAGGUGAUCGAGGGGCGAGGGAUGUGUGAGAAGCCCACGCUGACGUCGACAAUCCAGCGACCCAGACGGAAGCCCAGCAGGGAUCCUGCACUCCUCAAUGCAAAGCCGAUCUUUGAAGAUACUAGUGAAUCCGACAUGCAGUCGGUCGUCGAGAAGCCGCCAGCGACGCAAGGGGCCGAGUCCACACCCGCACCAUCUGCCGCCUCUAUCGAGGCUAUCAAUUCUCCUGGCGACAAUAGCGAUGUUGGUGAUGGCGAUCAGAAUAAAUCCGCCAUGACUUCCACGCCUGCGAUCGUGCCUGAGAUCAAGCAAGCGAUGCCCAAGGAGCCUCAGGAGCCUCAGGGGCCGACUGUUGAAAAAUCCACCGAGCCGACCGAGACUACUAAGCCCACGGAACAAAAUUCUGACGCUCAAGAGCUUGCUGACAUUUCCGACUCCUCUUAUCCGGUAUCUGCUACGGAGAGCGAGCGAUCGGAACGAUCCCGCCGCCACAGACCCAGUCCACUCGUGGUCACGGCUAGCAACCGCACCUCUAGCAACCGCAGUUCUCCAACAGUUGAGCAGCGAGCUGCAGUUCAGCGCAUGCCUCGCCCAAAUACCUCAGUAUCGUCCUCUAUUCAGGUCAAAACCCGUCGUUCGGACAGUGUCGGCAGUGCUCGUGAUAAGCGUCCAGUCACCGCUGGUUCUACUACAUCUCAAGUGUCUAGCAAACUGAAGGGUUUCAUGAAUCGCCCACCGGGGGAGUCUCCCUCGCUGCGUCUCCGUAGCUCAUCCGAGACAAGCCGGGCAUCUGGUAGCGCAGGCUCUGUGGAUAACGACGCUACGGACCUCGACAAGUUGAUUAACAGCGACGAGACGAUCCAUUUCACACUGACGCCCCGAAGCGUCCGCGAGAUGACUUUUCCGGAUAUUCCUCGACCGAUCCCGCGGUCUGACACCACGAACACCACUGAUCUCGCUGAUUUCAUCAAGAACACGGGUCCACCAGGAGAGGACCCUCGGUCACAAAAUCCUCUAUCUUCUCGGCACGCCGGCGACAGGAACUUUGGGCAUACCAAGUCCGCCGAGUCUCCAAAGCAUAUUCCCAUCGCUUCCCGGGUAUCUUUGCACCAGAAGCCCUCUGCAACGGGACAAGCGCGCGAACCCCGUUCUACGGACAUGACUAGCUCACCCGUUCGACCCCCAUCUAGCUUGUCCACCAGCACUACCAACACGUCUCGUUUGACCCCACAAAGGACCCGUCUCCAGGCUCGUCCUGCUGAGACAAGAGGCUCGCAGACCUCCGAACUCAUUGAUUUCAUUCGCGAGGGCCCACCGCAGCCCGGCGCACAUCGUAUCCCACGUACGGUUGCACCAUUCCGCAACACCAUCGACUCAGAUGAUCUCCAAUUCGAAUCUUCGCAGAAUGAGAAGGAUCACACCACCAGCAGCUCAUUUGCCAGUAGCCGGGAUGGUUCUACGCCGAGCAAGUCCCUGACGUCCUUUGGCUCGCGGACCGGACUGCUGGACUCGGCCAACCGCGGGAACGAUCAAACGAAGUUUGCGCCAACAAGCGCUGCGAUGCAAGAUGACACUCGCCCUGUCCCUGUCCGCAAGCAGCGUCGCGUUCCAGGCCGCGCCUCGGACCCGUACGCCAUCGACGACGACGAUGAUGAUGACGACCUGCUCCACGAACUCAUCAGCGCUAAGCCGCCCCAGCGCGAGGAGGAAAGCCUGAUGGACUUCCUGCGUAGCACACCCCCUCCCGACAUCGAACAGUCACAACCUCAGCCGCUCAACAUCACCAUUCCCUCCUACAAACCCAUUGGCUUUGCGAGCUCCACGAGCAUGAAAUCCCGGCUCAUGCGCAGCACCACCUCCGCCGACAAGUCCCCUUCUUCCAAGAUGUCCAUCAGCUCCCUCCGCUCCCAGAGCACUCUCAACUCCCAGCCGCCCCAAGCCUCCAACUACUCCUACAAGGUCGGCAGGGAGCGCAACCCGGCCACCAUCCCAUCCGCGUCCAACAGGCAGACCGAGACGUCCGCGCUGGCAGACUUCCUCCGCAACACCGGGCCCCCAGAGCCGCCUGCCGGACGGGCUGGAGGCUCUAAGGCGAAAGAGGGCGGUUUCUCGCGCUUCUUCGUGCGCCGAAGGAAGGUUGAGGUGUAA